AUGGCUUCCCCCGAGAUCCCACAGAAACAAAAGGCUGUUAUCUACGACCAGCCUGGAAGUGUGUCCACUAAAGUCGUAGAGAUUGACGUGCCCGAGCCCAGCGAUGGUGAAGUCCUCAUUAACCUGACUCAUUCCGGUGUCUGCCACUCAGACCUUGGAAUAAUGACCAACACCUGGCACGCACUCCCACCAACCCAGGCAGGCCAAGUAGGCGGUCACGAAGGCGUAGGUAAAAUCGUGAAGCUAGGCCCCGGCACCGAAUCCAGCGGCCUUAAGAUCGGAGAUCGAGUUGGCAUCAAAUGGGUCGCAAGUGCAUGCGGAAACUGCCUACCCUGCCAAGCAGGCACAGAUGGUCUAUGCUUCAACCAAAAGAUAUCCGGCUUCUACACCCCCGGCACAUUCCAACAAUACGCCCUGGGUCCAGCAAACUACGUAACACCCAUCCCCGAUAGUCUCGAUUCCGCCGAUGCAGCCCCCAUGCUCUGCGCCGGUGUAACCGUCUACUCGGCCUUGAAACGCAGCAACGCCCGCCCAGGCCAAUGGGUCGUGAUCUCCGGUGCAGGCGGCGGUCUCGGCCACCUAGCAGUCCAGCUCGCAAGCAGAGGAAUGGGACUACGUGUAAUCGGCAUCGACCACAGCAGUAAAGCGGAAUUAGUCAAAGCUUCUGGAGCGGAACAUUUUGUUGAUAUCACCCAGUUUCCCAAGGAUGAUAAGGGCGUGGCGUUGAAGAAUCAUGUUAAGGGCCUUACGGAUGGGUUGGGAGCGCAUGCUGCUGUGGUUUGUACGGCUGCGAAUGCGGCGUAUGCGCAGGCGUUGCCGUUGUUGAGAUUUAAUGGGACGUUGGUUUGUGUGGGAAUUCCGGAGCAUGAGCCACAGCCUAUUGCGACGGCUUUCCCUGGGGCUUUUAUUAAUCAACAUGCUACUGUUACCGGGUCGGCUGUUGGGAAUCGGACGGAGGCUGUUGAGACGUUGGAGUUUGCGGCGAGGGGGGUUCUUAAGGCUCACCAUCGGGUGGAGAAGAUGGAUGCUUUGACUGAAGUUUUUCAGGAGAUGUCGGAGGGGAGAUUGCAGGGUCGCGUUGUGUUGGAUUUGUCCGGUUGA